UGUACCUGGGUUCUGCAAAUAAUAACAAGGCAUCAACAGCACUUGGCUUCUUCAUGAGCUCAGUUGAAAAGUUUGGCUUUCCAUUAAGAGUUAGAGGAGACCAAGGGGUCGAAAAUGUUGGCAUUGCUCAAUGCAUGUUCACUGUUCGUGGCUGUGGCAGAGCAAGCUACAUAUCGGGAAAAAGUGUGCAUAAUCAAAGGGUGGAGCGCUUAUGGCGUGAUGUGUGGAUGGCAGUAACAAGGGUAUAUUAUGAGCUACUUCAUGGUCUUGAAGAUGAGUGCCUGCUUGAUCCCUCCAACAGCCUUCAGUUAUUCUGUGCCCAGUACAUAUUUGUACCACGCCUCCAAAUGGACCUCAACACUUUUACAGUCGGGUGGGAUAACCAUCCUCUGCGAACGGAACAAAACCUGACUCCCAAUCAACUUUGGACCAUUGGAUUGCUCCAGUAUCCUGUGGCUGCUCCAGAGAAUCUAGAGGAUUUGCAAGAUCACUUUUUGGAUUUCAACCCUGACAGAGAAGAUGCUGCUGCUGCUGGUGGAGUAGUUCUACCACCCAUCCAGUGCCCUCUGGGGCCACAGGCUAUGGCUGGACUGAGGGCAGCCAUCAAUCCUAUCACUCCCUCUCAGGACAAUGGGAAAGACAUUUACAAGGCUGCGCUUGACUAUGUAACACUUCACUCAAACUUGGCAGGAUAACAUGCAGUCUGCAAUAUAAAUGUUCAACGUUUUUUGUGAUUUGAAAAAUGUUUUAUCUGAUUCUUACAAAUCAAAAUUGGAAUUGCUUGCAUGAAUAGGUAUUUGUGCAGAACUAUUGUGGGGAUGGUUUAGGAUAUAUGUUUUACUAUGCAGUAUAUAAACAACUCAGUCUGCCAUGGUAAAGAUAUCCACUUUUAUUCUGCUGUUACUUGUUUUAAACAACCAAAUAAACCUCCCACAACUUUCAACAGUUUUAAUUGGCUAAACUUCUAAAUCUAGUGUAUGCCGAUAUUUUAAACUGGCGUCUUAAAUACCAUUAGACAGUUCAAACUCAACAUGCCAUGUUAGAUAUCUUGGUAAUGAAGAAUUUAAAAUAAAGCUGUUGAUUUGUACACUUUGAUCUUCAGUGAAAUGCAUUUUUUUUUUUUCAGUGGAAAACGCAUCAGUUCCCCUUUACAAUAUAAUGCUGUAGACACUCAAGUAAAACACUUCAGUUAAUAUUCACAAUGAAAAAUGAUAAAGGCCAUAGGCAUUAUGUCCAUUUAUUGUUUUGACAUCAACCAAGUUAAUUUUUGCUGACGAUUUAGUAAACGUAAACCCCCACAACGUUGAUUCCACUUGAAUGUCAUGAAUUUGCCAUACACAUGUUGAAACUGUGUAUGUGGAAGACUGAACAAUUUCAACUUUUCAAUAGUACAAGUAACGAUGAAUUGAGGAACAGCAUCACAUUUCAAGGUUUAUAUUACAUGUACAUUUGUCAGUGCUCUGUAAACAAAAUGCAAAUACAGAGUUCUUAAAUGACCUUUUUCAAAUAAAUGGUUAGCAGUGGUCCCAACUUAAAAAAAAAAACAAUGCAAUGGGAGAACCAAACACUAACAUUGAGCUAUUUUUAU